ACACAAGUGCUGCCAUCACUGACUGAGCACACGAGUCGAUCCUCUCCCCCUCCCUCCCGCCAUGACGGGGGAUGUCGUCCCUCAGCAGGGGGACCCAGCUGCUGCAGCACCUCCCUCUGGGGAGCCCAUGGAUGUGGAGUGUCCCAUCUGCUACCAGGAGUACAACCAGUACAACAAGUGUCCCCGCAUGCUUGAGUGCCUCCAUGUUUUUUGCACCGAGUGCCUCCAGAGGAUCCAGUUCUGCCCCAGCGAUCCCACUGACCCCCACAGCCCGCCCGCCAUCCCGUGCCCCCUUUGCCGCCACCUCACCCCUCUGGAGACGGGGGACGCCCUCUCCUUACCCUGCAACUCCCGCAUCCUGGCCAGGCUGUCCACCAUUGCCCUCCGCCUGCCCGUGACUGCGGCACGCCUGGCCACCGUCACCCAGAGAGUGGUGCUGUCUCUGGAUGGCGACAGCAGCGAUGCUCGCUUUAUCAUUCUGCCCACCGUCAGCCUGCGGGUGCAGCAGAUGCACCCGGACAGGCCGUACGGCACGGCGCCCGGCCUGGUGGGUGAGGAGGAGGUGAUUGAGCAGAGCAAGAAGACGCUGUUCUGCGUGCAGCUGCUGGCUGUCAUCUUCUGGGUGCUGUUUGUCAUCAUCUGCGUGGUCGGGGUGGUGUUUGGGCCACAUUUCUUAAACCGGAAAUUUUAACUGGAAACAAGAUUCAGCUCUUCUUAUGCCCUCAUAUUGGCUUCCGUCCCAUUCAUGUGAAUGAGAUGUCUCAACGAUACCUUGAGAGAAUUUCUUGAAAUUUGGCACAAACGUCGAUUUGG